AUGAAGAGAACCAAGGUCGUCGCCGUGGUUCACAAGUCGGCCGCCGCCGGAAUGUGGACAGACAUAGGUGAUGUUGAUUUUCGAAGGCGAUUUAGAAUGCAACCCCAUUUUUUCAAUAAAGUCAUGCAUGAUAUUUGCAAUUAUGAUGCAUACUUUGUUCAAAAGUGUGAUGUUACUGGGGUUUUGGGGCUUCUUCCGGAGCAAAAGCUUACAGCUGUUAUACGAAUGUUGGCGUAUGGAGCAUUUGCUAAUCAGGUGGAUGAGAGUGCCCAGAUGGGGAAGUCCACUACGUUGGAGGCUUUGGUAAGAUUUUGUGAUGCAGUUGAAACUCUGUACAUUAGGGACUACCUGCGUAGACCUACUCCUAGGAACCUUCAACGGCUUCUACAAAAAGCCGAAGCUCGAGGAUUUCUAGGAAUGAUUGGUAGCAUCGACUGCAUGCACUCUCAAUGGAAUAAUUGCCCAACUGCCUUGCAAGGAUCCCAAAAUGACCUCAACGUGCUGGAUCAAUCCCCGGUCUUCAACGAUGUAUUGAGAGGCCAAGGCCCCAAUAUCACCUAUCAAGUCAACAAUACAGUCUACCAGAUGAGGUAUUAUCUAGCUGAUGGCAUCUACCCGAGGUGGACCACUUUUGUCAAAUCCAUUCCGAAUCCCCGAUCCCAGAAGCAAAAAUUAUUUGCUACUUAUCAAGAAGGAUACAUGAAAGAUGUUGAAAGGUGUUUUGGCAUCCUUCAAGCUCGGUGGUUGAUUAUUCAAAGUGCGGCCCGUAUGUUUGAUGAGGAGAUCCUCAGAAUCAUUAUGAUGACUUGCAUCAUCCUCCAUAAUAUGAUUGUGGAGGAUGAGUACGAUUAUGAUGCUUUAGAGGUCUACGAACCGGAUCCAAUGAACACGGCCUUGACACGGAUUUAUGAAAGGCCCAUGGGGCCAAGUGGAGAACCGUUUGAGCCGGAACCGUUGGUGAGGGAUGGUCGUUUCAUGACCCGAAUGAUAGAUCGAUAUACAGAGAUGCAAUCUUCUUAUAUUCAUGACAGGCGUCAAGUUGACUUGAUGAAGCAUCUAUGGGCGGUGAAAGGCAAUGAAGAUGAAUGA